UAUAACCAGCCCCGCGUGAAUGUUGUCCGUGCUUUGGGGAAGGUCAAGCGGCCGCCUGCGUUCACCCGCAAAAAGUCCAGCAUCUCCAACGACCUCGUCGUCGAAGUCACAGUCUGGAUAAUAUCUUCAGCAUCGAUCGAUCUCGCUUCCGGUUGACUGCCUUGUAUCUUUGUGAGGACAAUGGUCUGGCACCAUGUCGGCGCAAGGUCAGGGUCCAGACCCAAGUGAACGCAUCUUCGUCGAGCUGCGGAGUAGGAACGAUGAAGUCAAGAACAAGGCAGCAUCUGAACUGCGCGACCUCAUAACGCUGCUCUCAAGAGAAUGGUCACCGGAACGCUUCAGUGCAUUCUACGACAGAGUCACGAAUCGCAUCAGCAAUCUCAUUGUCCAAGCACCAGAAUCCAGCGACAAGGUUGGCGGAGUCCUCGCCCUCGAUCGACUGAUAGAUUGUGAGGCAAUCGACGCUGCUCAGAAGGCUUCAAAAUACUCGAAUUACCUCCGAGCCGCCUUGAAGAGCAAUGACUACACAGUGCUGGACGCCGCUAGUCGAGCGCUGGGCCAUCUGGCCCGGCCUGGAGGCGCAUACACCGCGGAGCUUGUCGAAGCUGAAAUGACAUCGGCCUUCGAAUGGCUGCAGCCAGAGAGCAAACAAGAGAGUCGUAAAUUGGCUGCGGUUCUGCUCAUCCGAGAAUUCGCAAAGAACUCUCCCACCCUGGUAUAUGGCUUUAUCCCACAGAUAUUCGACCUCAUCUGGAAUGCUCUACGAGACCCGAAAGAUCUCAUCCGACGAAUCGCCGCGCAGUCUGUCAGCGCAUGCUUUGGGGUUAUGGUCGCAAGAGACGCCUCAUUCCAGGCUCAUUGGUUCGCCAAAAUAUACUCCAAGGCUCUCGAAGGCUUUCGUGCUACGUCACCUGUCGACGAGACACUCGGCUCCUUGCUGAUUUUGAUGGAGCUGCUGCAGCAGGGAAACAUGUUCAUGCAUGACUUCUAUCGGAACACCUGCGAGAUCGUGCUGCGGCUGAAAGAUCACAGAGAUCCUAGGAUCAGAACGCAGAUCGUACAAAUUAUACCUGUGCUUGCGGAAUAUGCUCCCCUGGACUUCAUCAACAACUACCUGCACAAAUUCAUGAUCUAUCUUCAAGCACAGCUGAAACGAGAGAAAGAACGCAACCAAGCUUUUGUGGCCAUCGGUCAGAUUGCCAAAGCCGUUGGCAGUGCUAUUGCACAGUACCUCGAUGGAAUUAUACUUUACAUUCGAGAAUCGCUGAGUGCGAAGACUAAGAACCGAGCAGCAGUCGACGAAGGUCCCAUGUUCAAUUGUAUCAGUAUGCUUGCAGGUGCAGUCGGUCAGACCCUCAGCAAGUAUAUGGAAGCACUCCUCGAUCCGAUCUUUGCUUGUGGUCUCACGGAGCCGAUGGAGAAGGCCCUUGAGGACAUGGCACACAAUAUUCCGCCAAUUCGGACGACAAUACAAGACAAGCUCCUGGACCUCCUCAGCCUCAUCCUCGUGCGCUCCCCAUAUCGACCUCUGGGUUGUCCUCCGAACACCGUACCACCCCUACCUGCAUUUGCCAAAGACUACGGAGCUUUCCCUACAGAGUAUAAAGACCACGAGAUCACACUGGCGCUUGAGACAUUGGGCAAGUUCGACUUUUCCGGCCACAUUCUGAACGAGUUUGUGCGUGAUGUUACACUCCGCUAUGCUACCAACGACAAUCCGGAGAUUCGACGCGCAGCCGCAUUGACAUGUUGUCAACUAUUCAUGCAAGACCCGAUCCUGCAUCAGACCAGUAACAAUGCUAUUCACGUUGUCGGGGAAGUGGUAGACAAGCUGUUGACUGUGGCUGUGGGCGAUCCGGAUCCUGACAUUCGGAUGACCAUUCUCCAAGCUUUGGACAAGAAAUUCGACAAACAUCUUGCAAGGCCCGAAAACAUCAGAUGCCUCUUCCUCGCCGUCAAUGAUGAGGCUUUCGGAGUGCGCGAAGCUGCAAUUGAGAUUAUUGGCAGAUUGACUACAGUGAACCCAGCCUACGUAUUUCCCCCUCUGCGAAAAUUGCUCGUCAAUCUUCUCACCGGGCUGGGUUACUCAAACACGGCGAAGCAAAAGGAAGAGAGUGCACGUCUCAUCAGUCUCUUUGUGUCAAAUGCGACUUCAUUGGUCAGAACAUAUGUCGAGGCAAUGGUGUCGGCCCUUCUACCGAAAGCCACUGAUCCAAAUCCAGGAGUCGCCUCAACCACAAUCAAAGCGCUCGGUGACUUGACCACGGUUGGCGGAGAGGAAAUGGCUCAGCAUAUUCCGGAGCUUAUGCCUAUCAUCAUCGAUGCCCUGCAAGACCUCGCAUCGCAUGAGAAGCGCGAAGCUGCGAUGCAGACCUUGAGCUCACUCGCAGUCAACUCCCAAUAUGUGAUCGACCCAUAUACAGAGUAUCCCGAACUGCUUGGUAUUCUGAUCAACUUGAUCAAGACAGAAGCACAUGAGGAGCUCCGAACAGACGCAAUCAAGCUGGUGGGCGUACUCGGAGCUCUCGAUCCUUACAAAUACCAGCAACUGAGCGAAUCCGUUGCCGAAAAGCAGAGCAAGGCCGAGACCCAACCUGUGUCUGAUGUUGCCUUAAUCAUGCAAGGCUUGACGCCCUCGAAUGAAGAAUAUUAUCCAACAGUGGUCAUCAACACUCUGAUGCAAACAAUACUUGCUGAUCAUACACUCUCUCAAUACCACAGCGCCGUCAUUGACGCAGUCGUCACAAUCUUCAAGACCAUUGGCAUGAAAUGUGUGCCAUUCUUAGGGCAAAUCAUACCCGGCUUUCUUGGUGUUAUUCGAAGCUCCCACCCGACUCGACUGGAGUCCUAUUUCAACCAGCUUGCAGUUUUGGUCAAUAUCGUCCGUCAGCACAUCCGAGCCUUUCUGCCAGAAAUAAUUGUGGUGAUCCAGGAAUACUGGAACACGUCCAGACAGGUGCAAUCCACGAUUUUGUCUCUGAUCGAGGCCAUAUCAAAGUCUCUCGAAGGCGAAUUCAGGAGAUAUCUCGCUGGGCUGUUGCCACUGAUGCUUUCAGUCAUCGAAAAUGACUCGGACAUGCGCAGGGAAUCAUCAAUUCGAAUUCUGCACACUUUCUUGGUCUUCGGCUCUAGUGGAGAAGAAUACAUGCACAUGAUCAUACCGGCGAUAGUUGGAAUCUUUGAAAAUCCAGCAGCCCCUCCUAACGCCAGACGAGCAGCAAUUGACACUCUGGGCAAGUUGUCUAGGACUGUCAACGUCACAGAUUUCGCGUCUCUCAUGAUCCACCCCCUGGCUAAGAUACUGUCAUCGCCGGAAAAGGUGGUCACGAACUCAUCAGAGCGCUCGCUGAAAGCCGCCGCCUUAGACUGCGUCUGCUCGCUUAUCUAUCAGCUGGGGCAGGACUUUGUCCACUAUUUACCUCUGGUCGACCGUGCCACAAAGACAGGUCAGAUCAACUCGGAACGUUUUCAAAAGCUGAUUGAAAACUUGAAAACUGGGAAAGCCCUGCCCGUGGACUUCUAUCCGGAAGAACAGUAUGGCACUGCGACGGAAGACACGAGCUAUUCCAACAUCACCUCUAUGAGACUCCCUGUAAACCAACAACAUCUAAAGAGUGCAUGGGACACAUCACAAAAAUCCACGAGAGAAGACUGGCAGGAAUGGAUGAGGAGGUUCAGUGUCGAGCUCUUGAAAGAGUCGCCAUCACAUGCUUUGCGUGCUUGCGCAAGCUUGGCUACCGUUUAUCAGCCGCUGGCCAAGGAUCUGUUUAAUUCUGCGUUUGUGUCUUGUUGGACAGAGCUAUACGACCAGUACCAAGAAGAAUUGAUCCGCUCGAUCGAGAAAGCUUUGACGUCGUCCAACAUCCCGCCAGACAUUUUGCAAACAUUGCUCAACCUGGCUGAAUUCAUGGAACAUGAUGACAAAUCGCUGCCGAUUGACAUACGGACGCUGGGACGGUUUGCCGCAAAGUGCCACGCCUUUGCUAAAGCGUUGCACUACAAAGAGCUUGAAUUCGAACAAGACCAAAACAGUCAGAGCGUGGAGGCUUUGAUUAGCAUCAACAACCAGCUGCAACAGUCGGAUGCUGCCAUUGGUAUACUGCGUAGAGCACAAGUCUUCGGCGAGGUUGAGCUAAAAGAAGCGUGGUUCGAGAAGUUACAGCGAUGGGAGGAAGCAUUAGCUGCUUACCAGAAGCGCGAAAAGAUUGAGCCAGAGAACUUCGACAUAAUCAUGGGAAAAAUGCGCUGCUUGCAUGCGUUAGGUGAGUGGAGGAUGUUGUCGGAGAUUGCUCAAGAACAUUGGAAUGGUGCAACUCAAGAGAAUCGCAAAUCUAUGUCGGCACUCGCAGCAGCAGCAGCCUGGGGCCGAGGCGAAUGGGAUUCCAUGGACAACUACAUCAGUGUCAUGAAGGAAAGCUCUCCUGAUCGAGCAUUUUUCGGCGCCAUUCUCGCUAUUCAGCGCAACAACUUUAUGGAAGCCGAAAACUUCAUUGUUCGAGCUCGUGAUGGCGUCAACUCGGAGAUAACUGCCACCAUCGGCGAGUCUUACAAUCGCGCUUACAGUGUCGUUGUCCGGACGCAAAUGCUUGCUGAGCUUGAAGAGAUCAUCGUGUACAAACAGAGUGAAGCUCAGCCCGAAAGGCGGGAGUCCUUGAAACUGUUAUGGAAUAAGAGACUGUUGGGUUGCCAGUCAAAUGUCGAGGUGUGGCAGCGGAUGCUCAAGGUUAGAGCCCUCGUGUUGACCCCAACUGAGAAUCCGGACAUCUGGAUCAAGUUCGCCAAUCUUUGUCGCAAGUCCGAUCGCAUCGGACUGGCUGAGAGGUCACUGGCUUCCUUGGGAGGCGUCAGUGAUGCUGCCGCAGGGGCAGGUGCAGCACCACCUCCAGUGGCGUAUGCUCGCCUCAAGUUCAACUGGGCGACUGGAAACCAACAACUAGCUCUGUCUUACCUCCGAGAAUUCACCAUGCGUCUUGCAGAUGAGUUCCAGCAAGCCAACACGGCGAUUAUCAACGGUGUCCACAAUGAUCGCAUGAGCAAUAUGAAUGGGCUUGACAUCUCAGGCCAUGAUGCGCUUGCCCAACGAAAGAAACACGACGAACUGGACAAGUGUGCUAAACUCUUGGCCAAAUGCUACCUCAGACAAGGAGAGUGGCAGUCUUACCUUCUCAGAGGCGACUGGACAAGUCCUCGUGCGCAGGAACCUGUUCGAGACAUCCUGCAAUCUUACCAAGCUGCUACUCAGUAUAACGAGUCUUGGUACAAGGCCUGGCAUGCUUAUGCACUGGCAAACUUCGAAGUUGUCACGUCCAUGGCUGCUCAUACAGAUCAGGACAAGGUCCGAAAUCUGCCAGAGCAUGUCAUUCAGAAUCAUGUGGUCCCAGCAAUUGGAGGCUUCUUCCGGUCAAUAGCAUUAUCGAAGACGAGCUCCCUGCAGGAUACUCUUCGGCUAUUGACACUGUGGUUUGCACAUGGUGGACAUAGCGAGGUCAACUCGGUUGUCAUCGAAGGCUUUGCAUCCAUUAGUAUCGACACAUGGCUGGAAGUGAUUCCGCAGUUGAUUGCACGGAUCAACCAGCCAAACCCUCGAGUACGGGCGGCUGUCCACCGUCUGCUGGCGGAAGUUGGAAAAGCACACCCACAAGCUCUUGUUUAUCCGUUGACGGUGGCAAUGAAAUCAUCAGUCGCAAGGCGCGCCAACUCUGCAACACAAAUUAUGGACAGCAUGAGAGUACACAGUCCUGUCCUCGUCGAGCAAGCAGACGUCGUCAGUCAUGAAUUGAUCCGAGUCGCUGUCCUUUGGCACGAGCUCUGGCAUGAAGGUCUCGAAGAGGCCUCCCGGCUGUACUUUGGAGACCACGACGUUGAAGGCAUGCUGGCCACACUUGCUCCAUUACACGAGUUACUUGAUCGUGGCGCCGAGACUCUAAGAGAAGUGUCGUUUGCCCAGGCCUUCGGUCAUGACCUUGCAGAAGCUAGGGCCUUCUGCAACGCCUUCCGGCGGUCCAAGGAGAUCGGUGACCUCAACCAGGCAUGGGAUCUGUACUACGCAGUUUUCCGCAAGAUUGCACGACAACUGCCACAAUUGAUGAGUCUCGACUUGAAAUACGUCUCGCCGCGCCUUAAGGAUGCGCACGAUUUGGACCUGGCGGUCCCUGGCACUUACCAGUCCGGCAAGCCAAUCAUCAAGAUCAUCAGCUUCGACCAUGUCUUGACCGUCAUUCCCUCUAAGCAACGACCUCGAAAGAUGACGCUGAAGGCCUCCGACGGUAUCUCUUAUGCCUUUGUCCUAAAGGGCCAUGAAGAUAUCCGUCAAGACGAGCGUGUGAUGCAGCUCUUUGGCCUGGUCAACACUCUUCUGAACAACGACACUGAGUGCUUCAAGCGCCACCUUAACAUUCAGCGCUUCCCAGCCAUUCCGCUGUCCCAGAACUCCGGGUUGCUUGGUUGGGUGCCGAAUUCCGACACUCUCCAUAACUUGGUCAAGGAGUACCGUGAGUCGCGCCGCAUAUUGCUCAAUAUCGAGCAUAGAAUCAUGCUGCAAAUGGCUCCGGACUACGACAACCUCACACUUAUGCAAAAGGUGGAGGUCUUUGGAUAUGCCAUGGAUAACACCACUGGCAAAGACUUGUACCGUGUCCUGUGGCUCAAAUCGAAGAGUUCUGAGGCCUGGCUUGAUCGACGAACCAACUACACUCGAUCACUGGCUGUCAUGUCUAUGGUAGGCUACAUUCUCGGGUUGGGCGAUCGUCAUCCAUCGAAUCUCAUGCUCGACCGUAUCACAGGCAAGAUCAUUCAUAUCGAUUUCGGCGAUUGUUUCGAGGUCGCCAUGCACCGUGAGAAGUACCCCGAACGGGUACCUUUCCGAUUGACCAGGAUGCUCACAUUCGCGAUGGAGGUAAGCAAUAUCGAAGGCUCGUUCCGAAUUACCUGCGAGAAUGUAAUGCGUGUCAUUCGGGAGAACAAAGAAUCUCUUCUCGCCGUGUUGGAAGCCUUUAUUCACGACCCUCUGCUUAAUUGGCGGUUGAACACUCGUGAAUCUCCACCAAGACCACACUUCCGCUCCGAGCGCAGACAGAGCAUCAUCGAUGCCCCUGGCGGUCAGGGUGCGGAGUUCGACCGCAGUCCGAUGGAGACGGCCAAUAACCCGGCCGCCAUGAUGAACGGUGCGGCGCAGAGCCACGUUGGGGCGCCGCCCGGCCGCAGACACCGACGAAGCAGCAUUCUCGACCCGGCCAUGGUAGGUGGAAGUAUCCUUGAUGGAACUAAGGGUUCGGACAACAAUAGCAACAAUGCGGCCCAGGAAGCGAAAGAGGUGCAAAACGCGCGUGCGCUACAGGUGCUCGCGCGGGUCAAGGAGAAAUUGACGGGUCGCGACUUCAAGCCUGCCUCGCCGGGCGCCAGUCCCAGUGGCGCUCGCUUGGGAGCCGAUUUGCAUGGCUUGGGUCUUGAGGCUUUGAUGGACUUGCAUGGUGGAAGUAUGAACCACGCCACUGGAAUUGCGCCGGCGACUCCAGGUAAGCAGGUGUCCAUUGCAGGUGCGGCGCCGGAGACGGCCAUGGCGGGUAUCAGCGGACUCGGCGUCGCGGAGCAGGUCGAUCGGUUGAUCUUGCAGGCGACGAACGUGGAGAAUCUGUGCCAGCAUUAUAUUGGGUGGUGUUCGUUCUGGUGAGCCCUGAUGCGGGCUCGUCGCUGGUGUAGGAUAACGAUUGGCCGGGCGUGGUCAAACAUGACGGAAGACUUAUUGUAUGUGCUGAGCAGGGUUUCGGGCUGUUUGGAUGGCGUUGAGCGAGAAAUCCAGACGAGGCUGGACCGGGCUAUGGCACCUUUUUUCGAAGGGUAUGGGAACGAAAAUGGGUUCAGAAGAGAUGAUGAGACAUGGGUUCAUUAUAUGGACGUAUGGGUUAGCAUAGCGUAGCAAGGCGCGGUAUCUAUGUAGGCAUUUCGCAUUUCACGUAUCCUUACAGUAAUGAUAUGUCACUUAUGUUGAG